CGUAGCUUCCGGUUUGGCCACAGUGGUGGCGGGAGAUUCCAACAUGGCGGUGCAACCGAAACACAACCUGUCUAUGGACAGUGCAGCCGAAAGUGGCUUUUUAAGCUUUAUUUUCUCCAUGCCGGAGAAACCGGACACAACUUUCAGAAUAUUUGACCGUAAUGACUUCUACACCGUCCACGGAAAAGAUGCAUUAUUCGCGGCUAAGGAAGUUUUCAAGACGAAUGGGGUCAUCAAAUAUUUGGGCUCAGGGAGUCGCAAGUUGGAAAGUGUCUGCCUGAGCAAGAUGAACUUCGAGGCCUUUGUGAGAGACUUGCUGCUGGUGAGGCAGUACAGAGUGGAAGUUUACAAAAACCACAGCAAGAGCAGCAAAGACUGGAAGCUCGAGUACAAGGCCUCUCCAGGAAACUUGACUCAGUUUGAAGAGAUUCUGUUCAGCGGGGGAACCGGAGCAGUGGGGGUUGCAGGAGUUGUAGCUGUGCGUGUUGCUACAGGAGCUGACGGACAGCGCGUGGUCGGGGUUGGCUAUGUGGACGCUGCCCAGAGGACGAUGGGAGUGUGUGAGUUUCCUGACAACGAGAUCUUCUCCAACCUGGAGUCUCUUCUCGUCCAGAUCGGCCCCAAAGAGUGUCUCUUGGCCCAGGGCGAUGGCAACACUGACGGCAGUAAACUACGGGAGGUGGUGGAGCGAGGCGGCGUGCUGGUCUCUGAGAGGAAGAGAGCGGAGUUCAGCAGCAAAGACACGGUCCAGGAUUUGAACCGGCUGCUGAGGGCCAAGAAGGGAGACAGUGUGGCGAGCAACACGCUGCCUGAGCUGGACAAACAGGUGGCCAUGUCGUGCUUGGCUGCAGUGGUGCGUUUCCUUGAGCUGCUCUCUGACGAGUCCAACUUUAACUCCUUCAGUCUGACCUCUCUGAACCUGGGUCAGUACAUGAGGCUGGACAACGCUGCCGUCAGGGCUCUCAACCUCUUCCAGGGAGCCCCCGAUGACACAAGUGGAGCUCAUUCAUUGGCCGGUCUGUUGAACAAGUGCCGCACGCCGCAGGGUCAGCGUCUGGUCAACCAGUGGAUCAAACAGCCUCUCAUGGACAAAACCAAAAUAGAGGAGAGGCUGGACAUGGUGGAGAGCUUUGUGUGUGACUCUGAGCUCAGGCAGACCUGUCAGGAGGAUCUGUUGCGGCGUUUUCCGGACCUUCACCGUCUGUCCAAGAAGUUCCAGCGUCACUCUGCGACUCUUCAGGACUGCUACCGCGUCUACCAGGCUGUGAGCCACCUCCCGACACUCGUCAGCGCCCUGGAGAGAUACUCAGGUAGCUACGAGGUUCUGUUGGAGGCGGUGUUCCUCUCUCCUCUCAGAGACCUGCAAUCUGACUUUGUUAAAUACCAGGAGAUGAUUGAAACCACGCUGGACAUGAACCAGAUUGACCACCACGAGUUCCUGGUGAAGGCGUCAUUCGACCCCGUGUUGAGCGAGCUGAGAGAAAAGAUGGACGAGCUGGAGGAGAGCAUGAAGGCGGUGCUGAACAGUGCAGCCAGAGAACUAGGUGACAAACACACACACCAACACACACACACACACCAACACACACACCAACACACACACGCACGCACGGCACUGAGACCAAGUUUAUCUAUCUAUACAGACGGCUACGUGGAUCCUCUCCAGACGAUGAGCGACGUGAUAGCGCAGCUGGAUGCCGUGGUGAGUUUCGCCGUGGCGUCCGUCUCCGCUCCUGUGCCGUUCGUGCGGCCUCGCCUGCUGGCGGACGGCUGCAGGCGGAUGGAGCUGACCCAGGCCAGACAUCCCUGCAUGGAGACUGACGCUGACACCGCCUUCAUCCCCAACGACAUAACCUUCACCCAGGGAGAGAAGAACUUCUACAUCAUUACAGGACCAAAUAUGGGCGGUAAAUCGACGUUCAUCCGUCAGGUGGGAGUCAUCGCUCUGAUGGCGCAGAUUGGCUGCUUUGUGCCGUGUGAAAAGGCGGAGCUUAGUGUGAUUGACAGCGUCCUGGCCAGGGUGGGAGCUGGAGACAGCCAGGUCAAAGGAGUGUCCACUUUUAUGUCUGAGAUGCUGGAGACGGCUGCCAUCCUGCGCUCGGCAACAGAGAACUCUCUCAUCAUAAUCGACGAGCUCGGAAGAGGCACGUCCACGUACGACGGCUUUGGUCUGGCCUGGGCCAUAAGCGAACACAUCGCCUCCAAAAUCAGCUGCUUCUGUCUGUUCGCCACUCACUUCCACGAGCUGACGGCCCUGGCAGCGCAGGAGUCCACCGUCCACAACCUGCACGUCACCGCUCUAACCUCACACAACACUCUCACCAUGCUGUACAGGAUCAAACACGGUGUGUGCGACCAGAGUUUCGGUAUCCAUGUGGCCGAGUUGGCUUGCUUCCCGCCAUCGGUGGUGGCCAUGGCGAAGGAAAAGGCGGAGGAGCUGGAGGAGUUCCAGGAACCAGCGGGGGGGAAGCAGGAGAAGGGGCCCGAGGCUAAGAGACGAUGCACGGACAAACAAGACGGGGAAACCCUGAUCCAGGAGUUCCUGGAGAAGGCCAAGUCUCUCCCUGCUGCCACCAUGAGUGAAGAAGAGGUGAAGACAGCGCUGAGGAAGAUGAAGCAGGAGCUCCUCUCCAAAAACAACACAUAUAUCACAGAGAUCCUUUCACGCUGUGUUCCUGUGAAAACAGUUUGAAUCAAGAAACCUCUUAGUUCAUGUGCUCUAAGUAACCACACUAGAGCGCUUUAAUGUAUAGUUUUGCAAUAAAAAAGUAUUACUGGAUAUGUUUGAGUUGUAUUUCUUUCCCCCUUUACUGCCAUUUUAUAAAAGCAGAUUGUUACAUAAUGCAUGUCCACACAUUUGAGAUUCUUCAGCAGAAAACCACCACAACAGGAAUUUAAAGACAGACACCUGUGAUCUAAUAAAGUUUUAUUUUCUUAGAAAUGGCCAGUUUCCCGUUUUCUUUUUUGUCUUUCUAAGAAAGUAUACCCCUUUUUGAAUUCCAACUAGCAUCUACAUAAUGGUUAUUGAAUACUCACAAUAUAUUAAGUCUAGAUGUUAUGGUACAUGCAUACGAUUCAGGCUGCAUGAGGAGCCACAGUCACCACGAUACACGGGGGGAGGAAGGGUAGGGACGUCUGCAGAGGGACUCAUCAGUUCCAGUUCAAAGGAGCUCCGAUGCCUCCUAUGGAAACCCUCUCCUCAAAACACUGACUGCAUCAACUUAUAAACAUAUACACACACACACAACUUUCACUGUACACAAUACACUCACAUACACACCUUUAUACAAGGGUAAGCCCCCACCUGCCAUUUUAGCUAAUAUAUCGGAGAGGGUUUUUAGUGUUUAAACGAGAUUCUCUUUCACAGAAAGAACUUCACCACUGGGACAUUUGAGUUUCUGCACUUUGCCUUGGAGUGGGAGGAGGGAUGCUAACCAAAGAAAAAUAAUAAUAUAUAAUAAAAUAAAAGACAAUCAAAUACAGUCAGCUUUUUUGCUUGAAAAUACAAAACUACAUGAGAAAGCAUUGAAAUAAAAUCCAUUGAUCAGAACAUUUUUUUUUUUUUUUAAAAAGCCCAAGUGCUCAGUCUCACACACACAAUCUUUCUCUUUAUCCACACUGGAGAGCAACAUCCGCCCAUCCGUUGCCUAAUUACAACUGGGCAGCCAAUGGGGAUGGCAGCUGCGAGGAAGCAGGACGUCACUUUGACAGCAGUUCUUGUGAGGAAAAAGAAGUGGGCUGGGAGCCGAGGAUGAACACCGGGGGGAACUUCACACUCUGCCACCGAGCCCCUUCCCAUCUUUGUCUUCAGAC